CCGGCACCGCCGCCGCGUUGCCCUCCGACGCUCCCCCGUCCCGUCCGUAGCCGCUGGCUAUUUCGGCCCCCCGCCCUCCCUCGCCGCCGCCCGUUCCGUUUCUUCCUUCGCAAGUUGGUCGCGCGCUCAAGGAGCCGAAUCGCCCACCUUCCCCCCCAAGCCCCGCUCCCCCCUAUCCCACCGAGCGAGCGGAGGACACCCGAGAUGGCGGCUCGGCGGCUGGCCGGCGCGGGCCGCGCGGUGCUCUCGCUGCCCAGCGUGCGGCGGCGGGCGACCAACUCCUGGGCCGCCGUCCGCGACACCUUCUUCUCCACCAAGGAAGUGUUCGAGAGCCACCGCGUCGUCUUCACCAUCGGCACCUCCAUCGCCUCCGUCCUCACGGCCUGGGCCGGUUAUUCUCUUCGUCAUAUGCAGCAAACAAAGAUCGACAAGAGGCUCCAUUCCAUUGAGGAAUCUUUGAGGAACACCCACAAAGUUGAACAUGAUGAGAUCAAAAAGAUUGUUACCUCCUAUAACAUUAGCACUUCAGCUUGUAUAGCCACUGCAUUGACAACUACGGUUGUUGGAUACGCCCUGGGGUGGCGCGGCGGAGCUUGGUACACCCGGAGGAUCGUCCGGAGGGAGCAGCAGAAGCUGAUGGGCCAGAUAAAGUCGCAGAACCGGUGGCACUGGCGCCCCUUCAGCAAGCUCAGAAGCAGGUUCAGGAGCAACCGGCACGCCUCCAAGAGCUCUGACGCCCCGCCACUUCCCGGCAAGGAUGCCGAGGCCCCCUCGGUUAGCGGGGUGUCUGUCAACAAGGCUCAGGGCGCCGAGGCCCUUUCGAACAACGCGGCCUCUGCGAACGUCAGCAGCGGCUCUCGGCCAGCAGCAGCGGCGGCGGCAGGCUGCAGAUGACUCUAAUUAGAAAGAAAACGCGGGGUCUUGAAGUGAACAGUCGAUGAUGCGCCUGGGAAUCGAGGGCAAAGAUGCUAAGAUGAUGUUAGUUUCGAAUGGACUGGCGGUCAGCCAGCCGCCAGCCGGUCUGAUUCGGUGGUGGAUAAUUUUGUAGCACUAGCCACUAAACCUGCUGCUUGAUUGAUAGUAAGUAACAGACGGGGCUGACGCACCAUAGUCCUGAAA